UUUGGCUGUUCAGUCCAGUCUCUCUCAGGCUGGGAAACAAGGUGAUUUGUUUUCUGGUGGUCGACGGGUUUUCUGUGUAGGGGCUGCCCUGCCGCCUGCGCCUGUGGCCUUCUGCCUUUUUGCCUGUGCACCUGCAACCACCGCCCCCAAGACAGGAAAAAAAAAGAGCCUUCUUCUUGGAUUUGCCCGCACUUCGAACCGUGCAAACAAAGACCAACUUCCCACUCAGAUCACUCUUCUCUAGUAUGGACCAGUCUGAAGGAAACAAGCACUAAUAAUGCACCCAAUGCACCCGUCCCUGAUGAGCGGUACACAAAAGAGGCUCAAGAGGACGUGUUUUGGGCGGAUUCAAAUCAAUAUUAGAUGAUGAGCGAACGCGCCACAGUCACGCCAACGUCAACACAACCCGACUCCAGCCCAUGCGGUGAUGCCAGAUGGAGAACCAUUCAAGGCCACUUAUUACAGAGCACUGUCCGAGCGUGCCGAGGAACAAGAUUACAGAGUGGAAAAGGAGGAAAGGAGGGAAGAGAGGGUUAUCGUGGACAAAGUGUUUGGGUGAUGAAAGAAUGAGGAGGAAGUGAGAGGGAGAGAUGGAAGGCCAGUUUAACGUCUGAGAUUGAAGCGCCCUGUAAUAGUCUCGGCCUAAGCCGUUUUGGGGGUGGCGCCUGGAUUCCUCCGUAAUGGCCAGUAGCAGCCACUUUUUGGCCCAAGGGCCCCGACCAUAUGCUUUUGGAGGACUCUUUGGUGCAGGGAAUCUCUUUGUGUACAGACCAAACUCACUCCAGUCAAACGUCGACGUGUGUGCCUGCUGUCCCGUCCACGUGUGCUUCUCCAUGAUGCAACGCUGUCCUUAGACUCGGCCAUCGCGAGGUCAAGAUGACAGUAGGCUUUCCACAACUCCACCCAAACUUACCAUCUGCGGACCUUCAUCCUCGACGAACAUGGCAUCCCGCACCCAGACUCUACGGGACCGUCAGAUAGCUUCUAUCGAACGCAUCCUGAGUCUGAACCACGACCCUUCAUCUACCUCAAAUGGCGAUGCCCCGUCCAGUCCGCAAGCGGCUUCGCUUCUCAACGAGGACGGAGAACCUAUAUGGAAAGUUCUUGUGUUUGACAAUCUUGGACGAGACAUAAUCAGCAGUGUCCUGCGGGUGAAUGACCUGCGGAGCAAAGGAGUAACAAUACACCUAAACAUAAAUUCUCCUCGCUAUCCCAUACCAGAUGUCCCUGUCUUGUACCUCGUCGAACCUACUACAGUCAAUAUUCAGCUCAUAUGCUCCGACCUUGCCCGAGGGCUAUACUCUCCAGCCUAUGUCAACUUCAUCUCCUCGAUAUCUCGACCGUUACUUGAAGAAUUCGCCGCCCAGAUAGCCUCCACAAACACAGCAGACUCCGUCGCCCAAGUCUACGACCAAUAUCUGAAUUUCGUUGUGGCCGAACCGGAUUUGUUCAGUCUAGCAAUGGGAAAAGAGUCCUAUUGGACAUUUAAUAGUGCCACAGCAGAAGCUGAGGUCCAGGAUGCAGCCAUAGACAGGAUCGUGAGCGGGUUGUUCAGCGUCAGUGUGACAAUGGGGUCGGUGCCCAUUAUACGAUGCCCUCAAACAGAACUCGCCAAAAUGAUUGCAACGAAACUGGACCGAAAACUAAGAGACCACGUCCUCAACUCCAAAGAUAACUUGUUCUCAUCAAAAGGCUCCGCAGCCAACCUAUACUCCGCGCCCUCACGACCGGUUCUGAUAAUCCUAGACCGCAAUAUCGACCUGGUCCCGAUGCUAUCUCAUUCGUGGACAUACCAGUCCUUGGUUCACGAUGUCCUAAAGAUGCACCUGAAUCGAAUUACGGUAGAUGUUGCCGACGAGGGUGAUCCGACCGCAAAACCCCGGGCGUAUGACCUUAAUGCAAGCGACUUCUUCUGGGCGCGCAAUGCAAGCGCUCCCUUCCCUCAAGUCGCCGAAGACAUCGACAAAGAACUCACAAAAUACAAAACCGAUGCGGAAGAGGUGACCAGGAAAACAGGCGUGAACAGCAUCGAAGACCUCAACGACAGUUCGGCGUCCGCAGCCCACUUGAAAGCAGCAAUAACGCUGUUGCCCGAGUUGCGCGAGCGCAAAGCUACGCUAGAUAUGCACAUGAACAUUGCGACCGCACUGCUCAAAGGUAUCAAGGACCGCCAACUCGACAACUUCUUCCAGCUGGAAGAGACCGUUACCAAACAAGCCCCCGACCAAAUGCUCGCUCUCAUUAAAUCGGAGGACAAGGGCAACAAUCCGUUGGACAAGUUGAGAAUAUUCAUUAUCUGGUACCUCAGCGUCGACAAGGAACUCUCGAAAUCCGAGCUCUCAGAAUUCGAGUCCGCACUUACAGCUGCCGGCGUGGGAGACGCCGUGGUAGCAAUAAAACAUAUCUCCAACGUGCGUCUAGAAAUGCGAGGGACCAUGAUGAGCUCCACAGCACCGUCCCAGCAACAACCGUCCUCCCAAGCGCCAUUGUUCGGCGGCCUAUCCUCACUGUCCAAAAAUUUCACCGAAAAGCUCUCUUCCACGGCCCUCGGAAACACAUUUAGCAACGUAAAUCUCGAAGCCCUCGUGUCCGGAGUGAAAAAUUUCCUACCAGCGAACAGGGACCUCACGGUGACCAAGAUUGUUGAGUCAAUCAUGGAUCCUCCUGCCGCGAGUUCCAGCGCGAUCGCCAUGACGGAAGGUUAUCUAUAUUUCGACCCGAGGAGUGCGCAUGCGAGGGGUAUUCCCGGGACGGCGAGCGGGUCGAAUCCACCGUCGAGAGACGGCAGGGGAGGCCCUGGUGGCCAAUCGGGCGGCGCAGGUGUGAAUCCCAGCUUUGGCCAAAGGAGACAAGGGUAUACGGAAGCAAUCGUCUUCACCGUAGGAGGAGGCAGCAUGGAUGAAUACGGCAAUCUACAGGAGUGGGUCAAGCGGACGAGUGGGCUGGGGGCCGCCGGUGCUGGAGGAGUAGGCGCCAACGCCCCCAGGACGAGGAGAGUCGUCUAUGGCAGCACCGAGUUGGUCAAUGGGGAGGACUUUUUGUCCGAGUUGGUGAGACUAGGGAAAGAACUGUGACAGAGAGAUAGCGCGUGUACACAGCCCAUCAUUUGUUUGCGCACAUGGUAAACGUGUGAGGAGCGAAUUGCUCGACUUGGAACUCCCAAGUGCGAGGUAGAGAGAUGCCAAUCAAACAGGAUCUCAGAAGCCGAAAUGGUGGCUGACUAGCUGUCAUUCUAUCUUCAUAUGUCGCCCUUGGACAUGGCGUCCUCUGACCACAACGGUCAAGUGAACACGAACAGUCCAGGCGACUUACUCUGCCAACCAUAUCAACAUCAGCAGUAACAUAAC